UAGAAAGGGCAGCCGGUAGGAAGGCACGUUCUCCUUUGAGUUUUGCACCGCUUAGUGUAUGGCUGUGCUUCGCCGUCGUCACCAUAAAGCCUUCAGCGGCGGCGCUCUUGUUUACAUCACACUGAGAUUUUUCAUAUUCUCCUUCUGACUCUUCUCUUAUUUCUCUCUGUACCUAUUCCCUUGUGAAGGAAUACCAUCUUCUCUGUUACAAGCUUCUUGGAGCUGCAGGAUGUUGUUUUCUCGCGGGCUUUCCCAGAUUUCGAGGAUUCCCAGAAACAGCUCCUGUUGUCGAUGGUUUCUGUCUCAUCGAUCAGAUACUCGCCCAGUUCUUAUACCUAAUAUUCUCUCUUUGCAUCCCUCGGAAUCUGAUCGGCAAGCUCCAGGAUGCAGAGAAAUCAUGUACUUGUCUUAUCCCACUUUUCAUGGUUUAGGACGUCAAAUCCAUCAAAGCAGCUGUGUAGUUGAGGAACAGCUUGAUCCAUUCUCACUUGUUGCAGACGAGUUAUCGCUUCUUGCCAAUAGACUACGGGCAAUGGUAGUGGCUGAGGUUCCAAAACUUGCUUCUGCUGCCGAAUAUUUCUUCAAAUUGGGAGUUGAAGGGAAGAGAUUUCGUCCAACGGUCUUAUUGCUGAUGGCAACUGCUUUAAAUAUGCCGGUACCUAAACCUCUUCCUCAUUUGGUUGGAGACAAUUUGACAAUGGAUCUACGCACAAGACAACAAUGUGUGGCCGAAAUCACAGAAAUGAUUCACGUUGCCAGCCUUCUACAUGAUGAUGUAUUGGAUGAUGCAGACACCAGGCGUGGCAUUGGUUCAUUAAAUUUUGUGAUGGGAAAUAAGAUAUCAGUUUUAGCUGGGGACUUUUUGCUCUCUCGAGCUUGUGUUGCACUUGCCUCUUUAAAAAACACAGAGGUGGUAUCAUUAAUAGCACAAGUUGUUGAACAUCUCGUGACUGGUGAAACCAUGCAAAUGACCACUACAUCUGAUCAACGUUACAGCAUGGAAUAUUACAUGCAGAAGACGUAUUAUAAGACUGCAUCAUUGAUUUCUAACAGUUGCAAAUCUGUAGCCCUUCUUGCUGGGCAAACAGCAGAAGUCGCAAUGUUGGCUUAUGAGUAUGGAAAAAAUCUGGGGUUAGCGUAUCAACUGAUCGAUGAUGUUCUUGACUUCACUGGGACUUCAGCUUCACUUGGAAAGGGUUCUUUAUCAGAUAUACGCCACGGAAUCAUCACAGCUCCAUUAUUAUUUGCCAUGGAAGAGUUUCCCCAGUUGCGUACGGUUGUGGAACGUGGUUUUGACAAUCCUGAAAACGUUGAUAAUGCAAUGGAGUACCUUGGUAAGAGCCGUGGAAUUCAACGUGCAAAAGAGCUAGCAGAAAAACAUGCCAAUCUGGCUGCAGAAGCUAUUGAUUCUCUACCUGAGAACGACGACGAAGAUGUGAGGAAGUCGAGAAGGGCACUUGUAGAUCUCACUCGAAGAGUCAUUACAAGAACGAAGUGAGAAAUCCAAGUAGUGUACACCACCAUAGUUGGAACUAUAUCUUUUCCAUUCAGAGGGGCAAAUUUCCCUAAAAAAUUUUUCCAUCAAUAUUCUUUUAAUUUAUCAGCUUUUGAUGUCAGGAAUUCCUCACAAAACAUAUUUAUACCUCUCCCUAUUGUGUAAAUUAAAAUGUGGAGCAUGAACCGACCCAGAAUUUUGUUUUGUAAUUCUAUACUGAUGCACCAUUUCCAAUCAUCUCCUGUACCCUUUGUUUUUA